GGACGAGUUGAGAAUAGGCCGACGUCAAACUCUAGACGUCAUCGAGCCCAAAACAUUGCUUAUAAGCCCCAGUGAAGGACGAAGAUAAGUACAUAUCUUCAUAAAGCACACAUCCCCAUAUACAAUAUAAACAAAGUCUACACUCAUCUCACUCAUAUAAAGCUUCUAAACUUUUAACUACAUCAUGGGUUCAAUUAUCUCUGCUAUCGGCCAUGGUAUUGAGGUCGUCAUAAUGGCUGUUGCUGGCCUAAUCAUGGCCAUCGUCGGUGCUGUUACGACAAUUAUCGUCACGAUAUUUGAUGUUAUUCUCGACAUUUUGUGCUGCAGAUGCUUCGGAUCUCGCAGAUCAGGCAUGCGCACAGGCAGAAGAGGGAGAAGAGGAGGGGGACUCGGAAGUAGCGGAAUAUACUGAGCCAGUUCUCGUCAUGACUUUUUCGAUAUACCCUCAUGACCUAGAGACGACCCACCAAUGCUGUGAAAGCAUACAAGAAUUGAUAUGUACAUGAUAGACUUUUACUUUUACAUUUACUGUACCUGGGCCACAUGCCUCUUGCUAAUAUCUCAAUUCAUUGAUUUAUCUGACUA